AUGGCAGCUUCUUCGAGUUCUAACGUUAACAAUGAAGAAAACAUAUUUCAACAACAAGGUUUUGUCGUAGUUAGCUGGAAUGUCUUGCAUUUGAUUCAUGAAAUCAAUCACACAUAUGACUUAAGUCCGGUAAUCAAUCGAUAUUCCAUCAAAGAAAAUUGGUCGAAUGAACAGCAACGACUGAAUGAUAUUAUCAAAACGUUGAGCGAUAUAUUGGUCAAGUAUUCAUCGAUAGAAUGUUUUAUUUGUUUACAAGAAGUACCUGGUGAUUUAUUACCGAUGUUAGAUACAAUGAUUCAUGCACAUGUCGGCUCUGUUUUAAUUAAUAAGCCAAUGAUUCAUGUGCGUAGUUAUCCUCGGGUACCAGCGACGAGACAAAGACCUAGACAACCAUUGUAUACUAACCCAAAUGAAAAUCUCGUCACAAUUCAUUAUAAUCCUUAUGUGGCUGAUGCGAAUAUAGCAGUAGAUAACAGAAUGGGCGCGACAUCUACUCUGCUGAAUGACCGAGCUGAUUGGACACAAUGUCCCUGUGAUCCCGGCAAAGGAGCACUUACGAUAGUAACCUCGUCAGGCCUAACUGUCGUCAAUAUACAUGUUCCAUUCAAGGAACAGCACGCUAUUUCACUGCUGAAUAGUCUGCAUUGGCCUCGUCAAGAUACUCCUUUCGUACUUGUGGGUGAUAUCAAUCGCCAAGCGCCUGCAUUCAUGCGUCUGAUUCAAACAGCUACUAAUGGAAAGCCAUCUGCUGGUCUUCUGUGUUCCAUAGCACCUGACAAACCUACGAGAGUAGGUUUAGAACAAGAUGGCACACUUAAGAAGUACUGCAUCGAUCAUUAUCUCGUCUCUGCGUCAUUAAGAAACUCAACUACGGCGCCCGCACUUGUUUACGACAAUAUUGGUGAUAUUUCCGAUCAUUUUCCAAUCAUACUUCAAUUCAACAGCAUGUGA